AUGAAUGAGGAAGAAACAGUAAAGCAGUAUUUUGAUAGAAUUGUGGCUGUAGUAAACAACAUCAGACUGCUUAGGGACCAAUUUAAUGAAGCUAGAGUUGUAGAGAAGGUCAUUUCAACCUUACUAGAGAGGUAUGAAGCCAAGAUCUCAUCCCUUAAAGAUUCAAGAGACCUGACAAGCAUCUCUUUAACAGAGCUAAUCAAUUCUCUUUAUCCACAAGAGCAAAGAAGAGACAGUAGGCAAGAAGAGCAUCAAGAAGGUGUUUUCCAAGCUAAGAGCAAGCCUGGCUCGAGCUUUUCAGGCUACAAAGGAAGAAAACCUUGGUCUGAUAAGCCAAGAAGAGAUGGACCAAGAGCUGAAGCUCAAGUGGCAGAAGAAGGUAGUGACCAUGAGGAGCAAGUCUUUGCAGUGUCUUGCUCAGCUUCCAAAGGAAAAGUCACAAAAGGGUGGCCGAUAAACAGUGGUUACACAAACCACAUGACUUCCAAUGCUAAAAUUUUCAAGAGCAUUGAUAGAAGCUUCAAAACAAGGGUGAAUGUUGGAAAUGGACACUUCAUCAAGGCAGAAGGCAAGGGAGAUGUGUUGAUUAACACUCUAACAGGUAACAAAGUUGUCUCAAAUGUCUUGUAUGUACCUGAAAUUGACAGAAACUUGCUAAGUAUAGCUCAGUUGCUAGAGAAUGGCUAUUUAGUAGUGUUUAAAGGCAAAGAAUGCUUGAUCGGUGAUCCAAAUAUAUCCAAUCUCAUGUCAGUAACCAUGGCUAAUAGGAGCUUUGUGGUAGACUAG